ACAACACAAGGCGGUUUUGUCUCGUAGAGAGAGAAACACAGUCACUUUAGAGAGAGCGAGAAACAAACACAAUGGGGAAACCGAACUCAUGCUUCAAGAUUAUCACAUGCGGCAACGAUUCAGCGGACAAAGACGAUCUCGAUGUUUCCGAGAGCAAGGGUUCAAGUGACAAACGAGGCUGGAGUUUCCGUAAGAGGUCUGCACGGCAUCGAGUACUGAGCAACACUGCGAUCACUGAAACCCCCGCUUCAGGAAAUGAGAAGAGCCCAGAAUCUGCCCCUCUUGCUUUUGAAUCACCAGUUAGCACGACUGUUCCAGAGAAAGUUUCUGUAAUACAAUGCACCGAUGAGAAACCACGAUUGUUAGCUCAUGAGGACCCACGAGUUUCUGCAACUGAAAAUGCCUCCGAAAAUCAAAGCAAGGUUGAUGACAAACUGGAUGAUCAAAGCAACUUUGAUGUCAAACUGGCAGAUCAAAGCAAGGUCGAUGUCAAACUGGAAGGUCAAAGCAAGGUUGAUGAUAAACUGGAAGAUCAAAGCAAGGUUGAUGACAAACUGGAAGAUCAAAGCGUGGUUGAUGACAGGCUGGAAGAUCAAAGCGAGGUUGAUGACAAACUGGAUGAGUCUGCUGUUGUUGCUGUCCAGACUGCUGUCAGAGGAUCAUUGGCCCAAAGAUCACCGCAGGAGCUGGAAAAUGUAGUUAAGUUGCAAGCUGCUGUCCGCGGGCAUUUGGUGCGUAGGCAUGCUGUUGGAACUUUACGCUGUGUUCAAGCCAUUGUCAAAAUGCAAGCCCUUAUUCGCGCUCGUCAAUCUCUUCAGAAGGAUAACCGUAGUUCAAAAACCUCGAAGAAGGCAAAUGUAACCUAUAUUUCCAUUGAAAAGCUACUCAGCAAUAGCUUUGCCCGGCAGCUCUUAGAAUCAACACCGAAGAACCAACCUAUUCAUAUUAAGUGUGAUCCUUCUAAGCCUGAUUCUGCUUGGAAAUGGCUCGAAAUGUGGAUGGCAGUCUCAACAAAGGAUACUCCACAUUUAAAUGAAGCCGUGACAAUGGUAGAGCAACAGGAAACAGAAGAGGAAGAAAUUUCUGAGUCUCCACUUGAAUCUAAAAUUCAUUAUUGUGAGAUGGAAGAAUCAAAUUCCAGCAUAAAAGAAUCAACUGCUCUUUCUGAAAGUGAAGAAAGUCUGAUUACUUAUGAUGCCGACAAUCUGAACUUUCAGGCAAGCCAUUCUAUCUCUAAUACUGUGAGAGACAAUAAUGAAGAGCCUCAGUUGGAGAACACCAGUACGUCUGCUGUGAAAGAGACCGCAGUAGAAAUAAAUCUAUCAGACGCAGAUUCUACCAUGGUGUUCAAAGCUUUAUCUGCGAAACCUGUAAUCGAAACUGAACAACCUAAACGUUCUAUGAAAAGAUCUGCCACAGAACUACUGGAAACUGAUGGAAAGAAAUCAGUAUUUGGAUCCAGGAAGGUGACUAAUCCUGCAUUUAUUGCUGCUCAGUCGAAAUUUGCAGGGCUGACUUCAACAACCGAUUCAGCUACGACGAUCGGUUCAUCUCUUCAGGAUACUUCUGGAGUUGAAUCACAGAGGGACACAUUCUCUUCUGAGGUUGAUAGUGAAGUCAGAGAAAAGGAGCCAAGUGUAGCAGAGAAUCCAGUCGUCCCUCAUGGAUCACAAGUUCAGGUGGGUGGUUCUGAGUGUGGGACCGAAAUCUCUAUCUCUUCAACUCUUGAUUCGCCCGAUAGGUCUGAUAUCGGAGCGGAGCAUGACCAUGACCAUGAUGUGAAAGUCCCGGAGGAAAGGAUUUGCAGUCCAAACAAUACAACAAACAUUGAUGUUGAAACUAAGGAUUUCCCUGAAACCCCAGUCUCCAACUUAUGUAACGCUGUUGCAGAACCAGAGAAAACUGAUGUUGUCAAUGGUGAAACCAUGAAUACUGAGGUUGCUAUGGUCUCCCCACAAACAGAGUCAAAGCCAGAGAGAACCACAUCUGACGUACAGAGAGAACAGGAUGACACUGCAGCAAGUAUGCAAGCAUAUGGGUCAUCCCCAGAAGCCUCUCCAAGAAGCCAUUUGACUGUCCCUGAAUCACAACAAGGGACACCUUCUAGUCUGAUAUCAGUGAAAGCGAAAGGGAGCAAAGCUGACAAGAGUGGAUCCAAUAAAAAACGUAUGUCACUGUCUGCAGGAAAGAAAUCGCCUUCUAAUCCAAAUCAUGAUUCUGGAUCAAGUAAAGAUCAUAGGAAUGGGAAGAGACGCAAUUCAUUUGGUUCAACUAAACCUGAUCAGGCUGAUCAAGAGCCAAGAGAUAGCAGCAGCAGUAAUUCUAUCCCCCGUUUCAUGCAAGUCACAGAGUCAGCUAGAGCAAAGCUUCAACCAACUACCUCCCCCAGAUCGAGUCCAGAUGUGCAAGACAGGGAGAUUUACAUCAAGAAGAGACAUUCCCUACCUGGUGUGAAUGGAAGGCAGGGAUCUCCUCGCAUCCAACGGUCCAUGUCUCAGGCUCAGGCACAGCCGGGUGCAAAGAUAACAGAGAGAAAAUGGCAGAGGUGAAGAAUUGAAGUUAUCAGACAUGAAAGACAAUGGUGGCAGACGACCAAAUCUGUUAACUGGAAAUUUGGAGUCUGUUGAUUACUUGACUGGUAGCUAGUUUUUCCGCUUGGAUAGCUCCUUAGUUAACCCAGGCUAGUUACUGGAGUUCUAUAAAUAUUUGGAACUGAGCGAGGUUUCCAUGUACAUUUUUUCUUUCCUUUUCUGCUACUGCUGCUAUUGUUCUCUAUUUUUUUUUUCUGUAACUUGUUCCAAAUGGUACAAAUCUGCGUGUGAUAUUGUUUGGGUUUGGUACAGAUGAUUAAGCUUGGUUAUGGCCGAAGUUUGAGGCACUAUAUACAAAGUGAAAAGCAUUUGAAAGCUUUUCGCUAGGUGUUUAUUGUAAUAAAAUUGAAUUUCUCUACUCAUUUUGCCUUAUUUUUGGUGUAAGUUUCG